AUGAAGAAAACUUUAAUUUUGUGCCUCUGCCUAACUUUUAUAAAGGCCGUCAUCUCAAAGCCAGUUUCAAAUGAACAUUUACAACAAUUUUGUUGGAAGAAGUUUGAAAAAACGAGCAUCAACAUGCAGGAUGGCGUCAACUAUAGAGUUAAACAUCUUUCAUCCGUCAACAGUUGUCAGGGUGAAUGCACCGAAUAUGGCGUUGAAUGUGAAUACAUUCUCUAUCUGCCUAAACAUUCACUUUGUUACGUGCGCACUAAUCGAACGGUAUCUCCUGCAUUAAUGGAAAACGUAGAUCACGUGGUCUAUCAAAAGAUCAACUGCAGCGAUGAAAAAAGUGAAAAAAAGAUGGCGACCAUAAAACUGAAAACUCGAAAGAUCGUGUCCUUAAAGGGGUUGAAAAUGUGA